AUGGUCGAGGGCCUCAGCGAUAAGAGAUCCUUAUCGAUAGAUAAGGCGACGCGGAGAAAUGGCGGAAAACGUGCGCCGGGCGGCAACACUUCCGCAGUCCCAUUGAGCGCUGCGGCAGGUGAGAGCGAGUUCGACCAUCUAAAUCACUCUCUUGUCGUCAGCGUAGGGCGCGACUUGCCAACUCUCACGCUCCUUAAAUAUCCGUCUCUUGCGGCUACAGCUGCAGAGGCCUCAAUUCCCCCCCAGCAGAAGCCUGAGGUGCAGAAAACAAAAAUGGACUCGAGCCAAUUCCGCGAGGCGGCCCACGCCGCAAUUGAAGAGAUCAUCCAAUACUAUGACACGAUCGAAUCGCGCCGCGUCCUCUCCGACGUCUCGCCCGGCUACCUGCGCGAGCUGAUCCCCCCGUCCGCGCCGCAGACGCCGGAGCCGUGGUCGUCGAUCCAGCCGGACAUCGAGCGCGUCAUCAUGCCGGGCCUGACGCACUGGCAGUCGCCCAACUUCAUGGCCUUCUUCCCCGCCCACUCGACCUACCCCAGCAUGCUGGGCGAGCUGUACAGCGCCGCCUUCACCGCCCCCGCCUUCAACUGGCUGUGCUCGCCCGCCGUGACGGAGCUGGAGACGGUGGUGCUCGACUGGCUGGCCCAGCUGCUCGCCCUGCCCGAGUGCUACCUCAGCAAGGGCGAGGGCGGCGGCGUCGUGCAGGGCAGCGCGAGCGAGGCCAUCGUCACCGUCAUGGUGGCGGCGCGGGAGCGGGCGCUGCGGAACCUGACUGCCGGUCUGCAGGAGGCGGGCAGGGAGAAGGAGAGGGAGGACAGGGUGGAUUCGCUGCGCGGGAAGCUCGUGGCGCUGGGGAGCGAGCACGCGCACAGCUCGACGCAGAAGGGGGCCAUCAUCGCGGGGACCAAGUUCAGGUCGGUGCCGGCCGGGCGGCAGGACGGCUUCGCCAUGACGGGCAAGGCCCUGCGGCGCGUGCUGGAGGACUGCGAGAGGGACGGUCUGGUGCCGUACUACCUGACGGCCACCCUGGGCACGACGUCGACGUGUGCGGUCGACAGGUUUGAAGAGAUCGCCGAGGUGUUGAAGGACUAUCCCAAUGUCUGGGUGCACGUCGACGCGGCGUAUGCGGGCGCGGCGCUGGUGUGCGAGGAGUAUCAGCAUGAUCUGGCGCCGCCGCUCGCGCACUUUGACAGUUUCGACAUGAACAUGCACAAGUGGCUGUUGACGAACUUCGAUGCCAGCUGCCUCUUCGUCAAAAAGCGCUCCGACCUCACGGCCGCCCUCUCCAUCACGCCCUCGUACCUCCGCAACAGCUUCUCCGACUCGGGCCUCGUCACCGACUACCGCGACUGGCAGAUCCCGCUCGGCCGCCGCUUCCGCGCGCUCAAGAUCUGGUUCGUGCUGCGCGCGCACGGCGCCGACGGGCUCCGCGCCCACAUCCGCGCCCACGUCCGCCUCGGCGAGCUGUUUUGCGCCCUCGUCCGCGAGCGUGCGGACGUCCUCGAGCUCGUCGCCGGGCCCGCGUUCGCCCUCAACGUCGUCAGCGUCGUGCCGCGGCGGAAGUGGCUGCGGAGUCGUGCCGCGGGGGCGGCGGCGGCGGCGGCGAGCGGUGGUGGUGGUGGUGGUCGCCAGCGCCGCGUCAGCGUCAGCGCCAGCCAGCCCGAUCCGGAUCAUGAGGCUUACCUGAAUGAUUUCACGUCCGAUGCGGAGGAGCAUGCGUUGCUGGAGGCGAACGAGAUCACGAAGGAGGUGUAUGAGACGAUCAACAAGCGGGGCGAGAUCUUCCUGACGAGCGGUAUCGUUGGAGGCGUGUAUGUCAUCAGGGUCGUUGCCAGCACGCCGAGGGUGGAGGAGAGGCAUGUCAGGAGGGCGUUUGAUAUCUUGGUGAAGACGGCUGAGGAGGUUUUGGAGGGAAAGGCUGGGGACGGCGGUGCCGUCGAUGGGUCGGCGUAG